GAGGAAGCAGCCCUGCUCAGCCAGGAGUUUGCCGAGGCCUGGGGCCAGAGGGCUAAGGAACUGUAUGAGCCCAUCUGGGAGAACUUCACUGACCAAGAACUGCGCAGGGUCAUCGGAGCUGUGCGCACCCUGGGACCUGCCAACCUGGCCCUGGCCAAGCGGCAGCAGUACAACUCUCUGCUAAGCAACAUGAGCAGGAUCUACUCCACAGGCAAGGUCUGCUUCCCCAACAAGACUGCCACCUGCUGGUCCCUGGACCCAGAGCUUUCCAACAUCCUGGCUACCUCGAGAAGCUAUGCCAUGCUGCUGUUCGCCUGGGAAGGCUGGCACGACGCUGUGGGCAUCCCCCUAAAACCCCUGUACCAGGACUUCACCACCCUCAGCAAUGAGGCCUACAGACAGGAUGGCUUCUCGGACACGGGGGCCUACUGGCGUUCAUGGUACGACUCACCCACCUUUGAGGAGGACCUGGAGCGCCUCUACCAUCAAUUAGAGCCCCUCUACCUGAACCUCCAUGCCUAUGUCCGCCGCGCACUGCACCGCCGCUAUGGGGACAAGUAUAUCAACCUCAGGGGGCCCAUCCCUGCCCACCUUCUGGGCGACAUGUGGGCACAGAGCUGGAACAACAUCUACGACCUGGUGGUACCUUUCCCGGAUAAGCCCAACCUGGACGUCAGCGGUACCAUGGUAGAGAAGGGCUGGAAUGUUACACACAUGUUCCGGGUGGCAGAAGAGUUCUUCACCUCCCUGGGGCUGUCACCUAUGCCUCCUGAGUUCUGGGCAGAGUCGAUGCUGGAGAAGCCGUCCGACGGGAGGGAGGUGGUGUGCCACGCCUCAGCCUGGGACUUCUACAACAGGAAGGACUUCAGGAUCAAGCAGUGCACACGGGUCACGAUGGACCAGCUCUCCACGGUGCACCACGAAAUGGGCCACGUGCAGUACUACCUCCAGUACAAGGAGCUGCCCGUGUCCCUGCGCAGAGGUGCCAACCCUGGCUUCCAUGAGGCCAUCGGGGAUGUGUUGGCACUGUCAGUCUCCACUCCUGUGCAUCUGCACAAAAUUGGCCUCCUGGACCACGUCACCAAUGACACAGAAAGUGACAUUAAUUACCUGCUAAAGAUGGCACUGGAAAAAGUUGCUUUCCUGCCCUUUGGCUACUUGAUAGACCAGUGGCGCUGGGGAGUCUUCAGUGGGCGUACCCCGCCUUCCCGCUACAACUUUGACUGGUGGUAUCUUCGAACCAAGUAUCAGGGAAUCUGUCCUCCGGUGAUCCGAAACGAAACCCACUUCGAUGCUGGAGCUAAGUUUCAUAUCCCAAAUGUGACACCAUACAUCAGGUACUUCGUGAGCUUUGUGCUACAGUUCCAGUUCCACCAAGCCCUGUGCAAGGAGGCAGGCCACCAGGGACCACUGCACCAGUGUGACAUCUACCAGUCCACCCAGGCAGGGGCCAAGCUCCGGGAAGUGCUGCAGGCGGGCUGCUCCAAGCCCUGGCAGGAGGUGCUGAAGGGCCUGGUGGGCUCAGAGGCCUUGGAUGCUCAGCCGCUGCUCAAUUACUUCCAGCCAGUCAGCCAGUGGCUGCAGGAGCAGAACCAACGGAACGGCGAAGUCUUGGGCUGGCCAGAAUAUCAGUGGCGCCCCCCGUUGCCCGACAACUACCCAGAGGGCAUUGACCUGGUAACUGAUGAGGCGGAGGCUAACAAGUUCGUGGAGGAAUACGACCAGACGGCCCAGGUGGUGUGGAACGAAUACUCCGAGGCCAACUGGAAUUACAGCGUCAACAUCACCACCGAGGGCAGCAAGAUCCUGCUGCAGAAGAACAUGCAGGUGGCCAACCAUACCGUGAAGUAUGGCACCUGGGCCAAGCAGUUUGACGUGAGCAACUUCCAGAACACCAGUAUCAAAAGGAUCAUAAAGAAAGUCCAAGACCUGGAUCGGGCAGCACUCCCUAUCCAGGAGCUAGAAGAGUAUAACAAGAUUCUGCUGGAAAUGGAAACUAUUUACAGCGUGGCCAACGUCUGCCAAGCCAAUGGCACUUGUCUGCAGUUGGAGCCUGAUCUGACGAAUGUGAUGGCCACAUCCCGGAAAUACGAAGAACUGCUCUGGGUGUGGAAGAGCUGGCGGGACAAGGUGGGAAGGGCUGUCCUCCCUUUCUUCCCAAAGUAUGUGGAACUCACCAACAAGGCUGCCCGGCUCAAUGGCUACGUUGACGCAGGGGAUUCCUGGAGGUCCAUGUACGAGACGCCAUCCCUGGAGCAAGACCUGGAGCAGCUUUUCCAGGAGCUGCAGCCGCUCUACCUGAACCUGCAUGCCUACGUGCGCCGUGCCCUGCACCGCCACUACGGGCCUGAGCACAUCAACCUGGAGGGUCCCAUUCCUGCCCAUCUGCUGGGGAACAUGUGGGCACAGACCUGGUCCAACAUCUAUGACCUUGUGGUGCCCUUCCCGUCAGCGCCCACGAUGGAUGCCACGGAGGCCAUGAUAAAGCAGGGCUGGACACCCAGAAGGAUGUUCAAAGAGGCUGAUGACUUCUUCGUUUCCCUGGGGUUGCUGCCCGUACCCCCUGAGUUCUGGAACAGGUCAAUGCUGGAAAAGCCCACAGACGGGCGGGAGGUGGUGUGCCAUGCCUCAGCCUGGGACUUCUACAAUGGCAAGGACUUCAGGAUCAAGCAGUGUACCACCGUGAACAUGGAGGACCUGGUGGUGGUCCACCACGAAAUGGGCCACAUCCAGUAUUUCAUGCAGUACAAGGAUUUGCCCGUGGCCUUUCGGGAGGGUGCCAACCCUGGCUUUCAUGAGGCCAUCGGGGACGUGCUGGCCCUCUCGGUGUCUACCCCCAAGCAUCUCCACAGCCUCAACCUGCUGAGUAGUGAGGGCAGCAGCUACGAGCACGACAUCAACUUUCUGAUGAAGAUGGCGCUCGACAAGAUAGCCUUUAUCCCCUUCAGCUACCUCCUUGACCAGUGGCGCUGGAGGGUAUUUGAUGGAGGCAUCACCAAGGAAAACUAUAACCAGGAGUGGUGGAGCCUCAGGCUGAAGUACCAGGGUCUCUGCCCCCCAGUGCCCAGGUCCCAAGGUGACUUUGACCCAGGGGCCAAGUUCCACGUUCCUUCAAGUGUACCUUACAUCAGGUACUUCGUCAGCUUCAUCAUCCAGUUCCAGUUCCACGAGGCGCUCUGCAAGGCUGCGGGCCACGAGGAGCCGCUGCACAAGUGCGACAUCUACCAGUCCAAGGAGGCAGGGAAGCUCCUGGCGGACACCAUGAAGCUAGGCUUCAGCAAACCUUGGCCAGAAGCCAUGAAGCUGAUCACAGGUCAGCCCAACAUGUCGGCCUUGGCCAUGAUGAACUACUUCAAGCCCCUGAUGAACUGGCUGAUCACCGAAAACGGGCGGCACGGGGAGCAGCUGGGCUGGCCGCAGUACAACUGGACACCCAACUCUGCUCGCCCAGAAAGCUUCUCAGACUCUGGCCGUGUCAACUUCUUGGGCAUGAACCUGGAGCCACAGCAGGCCCGCAUGGGCCAGUGGGUGCUGCUCUUCCUGGGUGUGGCCCUCCUGGUGGCCACCUUGGGGCUCGCCCAGCGACUCUUCAGUAUCCGCCACCACCAUCUCCGCCAGCCCCAGUUUGGCUCCGAGGUGGAGCUGAGGCACUCCUGAGAUGACCAAGCUGGACUGGGCUGGCCAGGGGAGUGUCCACAAGAGACUGGGAGGGGCGUAUGGUUGGUGGGCCAAGAAUAUAUCCCAGCACGCUUCUCCCUCCCACCCCACCCCUUUCCUUCUGCCCUCUCGGCCCCCAGCCACCCCAGCCCUAAGCCUACUUUCUGGGAACCCGCUGCCUACCAUGGAGUCUCCCCCUAGUCUCUCUGUGAAUACAAUUAAAGGUCCUGCCCUCCCCA